GUCCCAGAGCAUUUGUUCUCACUCAUACCACAGCUCGAAAAAUCACAGGAGAGCUCGCAGCUACAAUGGCUACCGGCUGUCCUCGAGGCUGCGGUGGAAGUGGUGGUGCAGAAGGUUCUGCAGAUAAAGCAGCUGACCCCAGCUGGGGUUGUGCAGCUUUGUGUCGAUUUGGACUACCUGCGCAAGGUGCCAGAGGCCCUCGGAAACAGCGGCGAAACUUCCGCGGAGAAGUCCACGGGCGCCGCGGCGCGGCUCAGGGAGCUCCUUGAGACACUGGAAUUCCUCGGCGCGCAGCUGCAGCGCAAGAGGGAGUCGGCAGCUCAGGGUGCC